AAGAUAAGUGGAAAAAACCGCAAGUCCUUAUAAAACUUUCUCCGUGCGACCGGGCAAGAAGCUAUGAGCAACGAUCCAUCCGCCGCCAUGGCGGCCCAAAUCUGCGGUCAGAUCCGCUCCGUGUUCGGCCCACCUCCACCAUACUCCGCGGCCGCCGCCGCCGCCUUUUCCCUCCUCCCACCGCCUCUCGAAGUCCUCGUCGAAGAGAUCGCCCGCGCGGCAACCGCAUCCAAGAAAGUCUUCGUGCACGGUGUCGGCCGGGAAGGGCUCAUGCUCAAGGCGCUCUGUAUGCGUCUCUUCCACCUCGGCCUCUCCGCCUAUGUCGUCGGUGACGUCACAACCCCUCCCAUCGGCGCCGGUGACCUCCUUAUCGCCUCCGCUGGUCCCGGCUCUUUCUCCACCGUCGAUGCCAUCUGCCGCGUCUCCAAGUCAGCUAGAGCUCGGAUAGUGCUGAUUACCGCGCAGCCGGGAUCUGGCAGCGAGGCAUCUCUAUUGGCGGAUGCAGUCGCGUACCUUCCGGGGCAGACGAUGGCAGACGAUGAGGUGGAGGGGUCCGGUGCUUCGCCUGAGCUAAGGUUACCGAUGGGAAGUGUGUACGAAGGGGCGAUGUUCGUUCUGUUUGAGAUGGUGGUGGUGAGGCUGUCGGAGAAGCUCGGCCAGACGCCGGCGGAACUUCGGUCGCGCCAUUCGAAUCUUGAAUAGCGAUGUGCGGUGCCGCCCGCAAGGUGUUUGUGUUUUGUUCGCAGGAAGAAUUAGCUUGAACAGGCUCGCCGCGUGUCCGCUUAUUGGAUUAUUGGAAGUGAAGGUAUUGCUUGGUAGUGUGUCGCUAUGUUCUAUUAUUUGAAUAAAAUUGAUAUUUAUACUUA